CUUGAAUUGGCUCCAUGUUUCUAGGCACCCUCUCUGCUGUUGAGGUUUGUUUAUAAGUUUGUUUACUUUCUUACGACCACAGCCAGGGAUGGAUUGGGACGAAGAGCGUCCAGUGUCCCCUGGGUCCACCGUCACCACGCUGAUGUCCUGCAGCGGACACCUGCCUCCCGCCCACCAGACCAUACGCUGUGGAGACCAGGAGUUUGCCUCAGCGUCUGCGGCGCUGGAUGCCUACAUCGCUGAUUUUGAGCGGUGGCACCUGUCCCCCGGGGCCCUGUCGCGCUCCACGGGGCCCCGGUUAGACCUGCUGCCGAACGGCACCCCCUCCCCCCAGCCUGGGCGCCCCCGACCACCUGGGACUCUGCGCAACAGAGACGUCCUCACCGAGCUGCUGACAGAGUCAGAGCUGUAUUCCCUGUCGCUCCCGGCAACCACCUCCCUGCGUUGCCGUGCCGACGAAGACGAGGUGGAUUUGACAACGGAGGAACUUCUGGCCAUCCCUAGUGAUGGCUCACUGCCGGUUACCAAGACGACCGCCUACCUCACUGACCUCCGCCACCGCUCCCUCUGUCGCCCGGGCAACUGCUUCAGCCCUCACCCGGGGGGCUCCUGCCACUCAAGUGGACCACUGGGCGGGGCCAGGGACCGAAGCCACGCCCCCUCACCCAACAAGUGGAGGGACGAAGACAUGGACAGGAAGUGUCUGAGCAGACAGGAAGUGACCCAACUCCAGAACUCACAGUCUGCAGGACCAGUGAUUGGGCCAGACUGCCUUAGCUCCUCCCACUUAUCAGCCUCUUUCCGAGACCUAGGCACCGCCUACUAUCGUCGCAGUUACCAGCCCCCUGGACAUGCCCACUCUGUACAUUGUUCCCACCUCCAAAGCCCAUCUCCCAUUUUGAGAUCACACCACCCCCUAAACAGGAUUGGCCACGCUCAGUGUUGCCACGCCCUGUAUGGCCACGCCAACCCGCAACAGCCAAUAGAUGGCCAGCUGGCUGCGAGCCCAUCUGGAUUCUGGGAAAAAGCAGGUUCCAUGCCCCACCGUGUCCCCGCCUGGUUGGACCAACUCCCCGGGGAGGACGGGCAGGAGGAGGAGGAGGAGGAGGAGCAGCAGCAGCAGGAGGAGGAGGAGGAGGAGCUGCUCUCUGUGUCUCUCCUAACAGACGAUACGCCAGGUGUCUGUCCAGGGGCAGUCGAUGAGCGCCGCCUCCUAUUGGCCGGCACAGGACACGACCCCAAAGGACACGCCCCCAUAGGAUACACCAACACGGGACGUGCCCCCAUAGGAUACGCCCACACAGGACCCGCCCACACAGAACACGCCCCCACAGGAUACACCCACACAGGACACGCCCCUAGGAUGUCAAUUGGUGAUUUAUCGUGUCCCUUGGACUAAAGUAAAAGCCAUUUUCUCGUUGAUCUGAUAUUUCGUUACACUGUAACUUGUAUAUAUUGUUUAUAUAAUAUACAUGUUAAUAUAAAUAAAUUUAUGUUUAUAUAUUUCA